GCCUCCCUCUCUUUCUCUGUCCUUGGUCCUCUCCCCAGCAGCCUCCCUCUCUCUUUCUCUAUCCCUGGUCCUCUCCAGAUAACCUGACACAGUGGUCACGCUUGACAAGGAGAGAGAAAGGCGUUGCAGCAGCUGAUCCGCGCCCGCCCGGCCGGGAGCGCAGGCGAAGGAUGGAACAAUACGACGGGCUCUUUCCUCCCGCCUACGUGGACUCCUCCUCAUCCCUCCUCCUGGUGCCCAACGCCAACGGCACUGCGCAGGAGGAGAGACCGAGAGCGCGGCGCAGGAGGCGUCGAGCAGCGAGGUGCGGCGGCGGCGGUGGCGAGCUGGACGGAGGAGGGGACCACAAGAAGCGGCGGCUGACCGACGAGCAGGUAGAGAUGCUGGAGCUGAGCUUCCGGGAGGAGCGGAAGCUGGAGACCGGCCGGAAGGUGCACCUGGCCGCCGAGCUCGGGCUCGACCCCAAGCAGGUCGCCGUCUGGUUCCAGAACCGCCGCGCCCGCCACAAGAGCAAGCUGCUCGAGGAGGAGUUCGCCAAGCUCAAGCAGGCACACGACGCCGCCAUCCUCCACAAAUGCCACCUUGAGAACGAGGUGAUGAGGCUGAAGGACAAGCUGGUGCUCGCCGAGGAGGAGCUGACGCGUUUCAGAUCCGCGGGCAACCACGCGGUCUCCGGUGACGGCGGAGACGUCAUGGCCCGUGCCGUCUGCAGCGGGAGCCCGAGCUCAUCGUUCUCGACUGGCACCUGCCAGCAGCCCGGAGGAGGCGGCGGCGGCGGCGAUCACCUGGGGGACGACGACCUGCUCUAUGUUCCUGACUAUGCCUACGCUGACAGCAGCGUGGUCGAGUGGUUUAGCCUGUAUGGACUGAUGUAAUCGAUGGUAUGGUAUGCCAUCGUCGUCGGCAGAUUAAUUCUAGCUAGCUACUCAUCGUAGCGUGUCAUUGCUGUGCUGAAUUGCUGAUUUCUAUGUGCGCCCUCUUAAUCAUAUGUACAUAAAUCAAGCUAUCAAUUACUGGCAAAAUAUAGCCAGCUAGCAGCAACUAGUACUUUAAUUCAGAUGUGUGUUCUUACUGCUACCCACAUUGGAAUCUUUUUUUUUCUUGACU